AUGUAAGGUGUUUCGAUAUUUGAUGAUGAUAAAUCAGCUUUGGAUAAGAUGUAAAACUCUUUUAAGAAUCUGCUUUUUGAAAUUAUCUACUAUUUAAUUUCUGGAGAGAACUUCCCGCUAUUUCUUUACAUCUUUUUUGUUUUGAUUGAGAGUUUCCAAGUUUUUUACUUUGCCUUCAGUGAUGAAUUUUUGUCAUUGUGGAAGGUGAAAUCAUGGUCGGAGUCAUUUCAAUCAUUUUUUGGGUACUUUAUGAUUUCCCCAUAUCUGAAAAAUGUAGAGUUUCAAAGUUUCAUCCUAGUACUCUAUAUAGUAAUGGGGUUCUUCCUGUUACUAAUAAUUUUAAUAAUUUUCAUUGCAAUAAAGGCGUAAACCACAUCGGUAGGUAAGUUGAGUGGACCAUUAGUUGUUCUCAAAAUAUUUUUCGAAAUACUCAAUUACAUUUUUUUUAUGCCUGCUUUGCAUCUUUUUUUGACUAUCUUCUAUUGCGAUUCAGGGAGUGGCUUUCAUAAAUAUUAUUCUGAUUUAGAAUGCUACACAGGGAAUUAUUUACUUCACGCAUUCCUAUCAGCAAUUGCAGCAUUCAUUUUGGUUUGCAUCAGCGCAUUAGUAACAAUGACAUUUUAUGAGUCAAGAUUCCAACCAAAUAAUCCACUAUGCAAGAUUUCAGGCAGAGAUGAUAUGAAAUUUUUGAUUUUUAAAAUCAUUCUAGUACUAUGCUUCACCUUAUUGAAUGUAAAUGAAUUAAGAAUCUUAGUGGUCAUCAUAAUAACUUUAUUUGCAGUCAUUUAAUUCUUUUCAUUUAACAAAUCAAGUGUCUAUUUAAAUUACUACUAUUCAAAAGUAUUAAAUUCACAACAUGCAGUAAUUAUGUGGACAAUAUGUAUGAUCAUAUUUGGUAUCAUUGUUGAGGAUACUUAUUACGAAGGUGCACCCUACUUAUGGGUUUUUGGAAGUCCUUUAUUACUACUGAUUGUUAUGCUUAGGAAAGAGUAUAGAUAUGAUAUAAUGAUGAUUGAUUCAAAUAAAUUUGAUUCACUUAAUUAGGCAAUCCAAUAGUUAUAAUACUUAACUAAAUUUUUGAAUUAUUAUCAUACGGAUAGAAAUAUUGCCACAUUAUUGGAUGGGUUUGUAGAGUAUCAUAGAACAAUUUGUAAAAGAGAAGACUGUCCUUGCUAAGCCAAAAAUAUGGGUAAUAAGAAAAUUGCUAAAUUUCAGAAGAACUUCAAAUUGUAAAAUUAAGAUGAUGAAAUUAAAGAGUAGUAUGUGGUUUUAGUCUACAUUAUUGAAAGAAUAUUUACUUUAUCUUUGACCAGAUUUCCCAAUUGCACAGAAUUACGAAUUUCUCAUUCCUUAUUUUUAAUGGAGAAAAUGCAAUCGAAUCAACAAGCAUUAUAGGAAUUGGUAGCAGCAGAAUAAGAGAAACCAUAUGUUGAUGAAUAAUUUAUAGUCUACAGAUUAAAAAAGCUAAUAGAGGAACAAAUGUUUGAAAAUUCAAAAUCUUCAAAAAAUCCAGCUGCUGGUAUAGAUGCAGUGAAUGAAUUAACGACUGAAAACAAUCUUAGGGAGAUUCGAGCCUAGAUUGAAAAGUCAGCAUCGUAACACAUAGAGUUUUGGUCACAAUUGAGUGAGGAUACGCCAGAUUUAGGAAAAUUAUACGAUGUUGGAACUAGAAUGAUGUAUAUAGAUAAAAUGUUGGAAGACUCAUGGAAACGAAUUAUUAAAAUGAAUCUGGAUGUCCCUCCAAAUUUGAUGAUGAUUUAUUCGAGAUAUCUAGUUGAUAUUCUGUAUGAUAAAGAAUCAGCUGAGGAGGUAUUGGAAAGAUUGAAGAAUUUUUAUUCAGUCAAUAUGGACAGAGGCAAAAUCACUAAUAACAUUAAUGAUUUUCCAAAUGAAUCUACUGCUUUAAUAAGUAUUUCAGCUGAGGAUGUAACUUUUGGUAGAAUCAUCGGAUUGAAUAUGUCAGCAUCCAAAAUGUUUGGUUAUUCUAAGAGUGAAUUGAUUAAUAGAAAAGUUAAUAUCUUGAUGCCGAAUGUAUUUGCUUAAUCACAUGAUUAAUUCAUGGAAACAUACUUAUAAACUUACGAAAGCAGAAUAAUGAAUAGAGAAAGAAUGAUCAUUGGAAAAUCAAAGAAUGGAUACAUAUUCCCAUUCUUCAUUUAUGUGAGAUAUGUGCCAUCAUUUAUACAUGGUGCCUAGUUCUUUGGAGCUAUGAGACAAGAAAAAGUAUUUAAAAACGUAGCAUUUAUGAUUGUGAAUGGAUAGACUCAAGAGAUUGAAAAUGUUUCAGCCACGAUUAUUACAAUGUCUCAUAUAGAUCUGAAUUACAUCACAAAAAAGAAGACUAAGGUAACAGAUAUAAUACCUAAUUUCUAAGAAAACAUCACUGAGUACUUGAAUAAGACAGGAGCAGAAGCAGAUAUCAAUUUUAAGAAUAGAGAUUAAUCGGUUUAAGGCAAAUUUAAUAUAACUGCUGGAGAGAUCAUGUUUAGAGAUUCUAAAUUAUAAGGGUAUAUAAUUAAGAUUGAAAAUAACAAAUAAGAAAAAUCAUUUCUCAAUCCAAAUGAAUAAUCUCAAUAAAAGAAAAAAGAAUCACAAACAAAAUUCUAUUUCCAAUUUGAUUAAGCUCAACACUAGUAUGUAGGAGAGUAUUCAGGAGAUUAGAAUUUCUAGAUGUCUGCUCUUUCAAGUGUCAAACAAGAUGAGACCUUUGAUUACUCACAAAGAGAACCUCUGAAGGAAGAUGAAAAGACUCCUUCUUCUAAUGUAGGAGAAAAGGAUGAGAAAAUAGAUUUGGCUCUUGGAAUUAGGACUAUGAAAUAUAUCAAUGGAUAACUUUUCGACAUUGAUGAAUUCAAGAAUUAAGAUUCAGAUGAAGAGGAGGAAAAUGAAUAAAAAAAGGGAGCAGGAAAUGCAGGAAUGUAGUAAAUUUAAAAAGAAGAUGAUGAAGAAGAAGCAGAAGGAGGUCAUGCUAAUAUUUAUAAAUCUAGGAGGACUUUUGUUUAAUUCUUAUAAGAAAGUAGAAAUGUCAAUUAAACCAGCAUGAUCUGUUUUAAAUGGAGUGCUGCUAUAUUAAUUAUAUGUCUGGGUGUUUUGGGAUUACUCGAUUAUGUAUUGACACAAUAAUUAUUUUCUGAUAUCUAAUAGGGAUACAUAAUGAUGCAAGAUUCUAACAUAAGAGUGGGUUUAGGCUAAAGAAUAUAAUGGUAAAUAAUGGAAUUGUGUAGAUUGAAUAAAAUCAAUGUUUUAGCCACAGAUGAUAAGGUAAAAACCUAAUUGACAAAUAUGAACACUACAAUUAGUGAUUUGAAAGACAUCCAAUCUAAAAUUCAAUCCUCUACUGAAGUAUCAGGUAGACAGAAUGAAUUAAUGACUACUAACACCAUUAAGAUGAUUAGUAAGGAUACCAGUGGGGCUGAAAGCAAUUAAUUAGUGGAUAUCAAUCAAGGCACCUCGUAGAUCAUUUCAAAGGCCUUUGAAGUUAUGAAUUUUGAUAUCAAAGAUUUUACUCCUGACGCAGAUUCUAUCUAUUUCAUAAGGUAUAAUUUGCUAAAUGACUACUAUCAAGCUACAUUGGAAAGUGCAGAUCUUUAUACAAAUCAACUUAUAAAUCUAGCUUAUGAUUCUAAUGUAUUACUCGUACUUCUAAUUGUUGCCUGUGUAUUUACAGUAGUAUCCAUACCGUGGAUUGCUUGUUCUUUUAAUUUAGUCUCUCAGAAUCAAGAAGAAGUUAUCAAGUUGUUCUUAGAGAUUCCCUUAGCGAAAGUGAAGCAAUUGUUUGCCAAAUGUGAAGCCUUCUCGAAUACUCUAUAAAUAGGUGAGGAUGAAGAUGCCAAUCAAGAGAAUGAUGUGUCAUUUGAGGAGAAUGAAGAAGGAGAAGGUGUUGUUGAAGAAUUUGGGAGAAGAAAGAAAAGAAAGAAGUAUAAGUAUGAUUCUAAGGAUAAACGUAACUUUUACAUUAAAUUCAUCAUUUCAAUGGGGUUGUUGAUUGCCUACUUCAUUGCUCAUUAUCUUAUUGGUGCCAAUUUACAAAGUUCAAUGUAAGAACUGAUUCAGGAAAUGAAUGCUACUUCACUUGCAGUGCCUUCAAUCACUUUUGCUAACAAUGUGUUUAGAUAAAUGUUGUGGGAUUCCAACUUCCCUGUUAAAAAUAAUGUAUCCAAGACUAUUUCUACAGACUUUGUAAAAGACUUAUACAAUCUGAAUACAAAUAUGCAGAAGGAUCAUUCAUUAAAUUUGGGUUAUCACAAUUCCCUUUACAAUGAUUACUUUGAUUCAAUCAUGAAGGCUGGAGCAUGUGCACAAGUCAUUCAAGUGGCUCCUGUAGAUUUGGCAACUUGUUAAGCAUUCGUCAAAGGAAUUGUUGAUGAAUCUUUAGCUUUGGCUCUAUCCCGUCAUUUUGAAAAUCUCAGGUAUUUGCUUACUGUUUACGAUUCUCUCCUUAACGAUUCCUCAUCGACCACAAUAUCAGGAACCCUUUACAAUUUCACAGAUAAUCUACAAACUAAUAAAAUAUUAUCACUAAUGUACACAGAUAUUGCUGCUGUAGAAAUAAAUUAAAUGCAGGACAUUUAUAUUAGGUCGAUCUUCCAAUAAUUGUUGGUUACUUUUAAUUCAAGUUUGCAAAAAGACAUUGAUACCAAUACAACCACCACUGUUACUAUCUUCAUAGUUUUCUUAGUUGUCUUAGUUCUGGUGUAUCUAUUAUUCUGGUGGCCAAUUGCUAACAAAAUUAAUAAUGAAAUCAGACGGACGACCUUGUUAUUAUCAAUGAUACCUUUAAAUCUCAUUCAACGCAUCAAAGCCAUCAGAGAAUAUUUAAAUAGGAUUCAUAAGGUGGAUCAAUGA